GCCUUGUUAGGUCUGCUUAAACAUUUUACAACCGCACCAAGUGUUUUGAGAUAGCAGCGGCAGAGUGAGGGGAAGCAGGGAUAGGGGAAAGGGGCUUUUCUAUGGCCACCUUGGAAAGCCAUGCAAGAUCCCUGGCUCAACCAGCAAGAUAAUACAUCAAAAGACAGUUCAACUAAAUAAGGGCAUAUAAGUUUUAUCUCUCGGGGGGGAAACAACCGUAACAAAUCUUACUCAGUCAGCACAGAGGCUGCAUUAAGUUCAUGACUCUAAAAAUCGACCGGGGAUCAACAGAAGUCAUCCAUGAGGGAAUAAGAAAAUGCGCGCCUAAAUCAAAUUUGCAGGGUCUAGUGCGAAGGCUACGUGAAAAAUACCGAAAAGUACAAAUAAAUUCUAAGCACAGUACCAGGGAUAUCCUAAAUUGUUUUUAAUGACAGGAGAAGGUGGAUGCAGUCUGAAGGAAGAGAUUUUUAUCUUGACCAAGAUUUAUUUGUUGUCAUUGAUUUGACUUUACCUUUGAAUCACAUUUUUGUAUAGAGUCACAGAAGGGAAGGUAUGAGUGGAGGUCGUUUUGAAUUUGAUGAUGGCGGAGCUUAUUGUGGUGGUUGGGAAGGUGGCAAAGCCCAUGGGCAUGGGAUCUGCACCGGACCUAAAGGACAGGGCGAGUUCUCCGGCUCCUGGAAUUACGGGUUUGAAGUAGUUGGAGUGUACACCUGGCCUAGCGGAAAUACCUAUGAAGGCUUCUGGUCGCAAGGGAAGCGCCACGGUCUAGGAGUUGAGACUAAAGGACAGUGGGUUUACAAGGGAGAAUGGACUCAUGGCUUCAAGGGGAGAUAUGGCUUGCGUCUGAGUGUGGGUAGUGGAGCAAAAUAUGAAGGAACAUGGAAUAACGGAUUACAAGAUGGAUAUGGCACAGAGACAUAUGCUGAUGGAGGUAUGUGA